UAAGAAUCGGAAUUUUUUGGUGGAAAAAGGAAGCUAUCAUACCGAUCAUGAAAAUGAUCGCGGAGGAUUGGGCAAAAUUGACAAAUGUUCAAGAUAGAAAGAUCAUGAUUAGACAUGCGCAGAACGCACGCAUUAUUAUUAUUUGUGCUUAUUGCAUAAUGGGACUAGCAUUCUUCCUUUCCUUCGUUCUGCCGAUUUUUGGAAUAUCAAUGAGGUUGACACCCAACAUUACUGAUCCAGGCAGACCUUUGCCUCUACAAUCAUAUUAUAUUUAUGAUAUAACAAAAAGACCGCAGUACGAAUUAACGUUUCUUAGUCAAGCAAUCAGCAUGAUUCCCGCGAUCAUGGCUUAUUCUGGAAUCGACAAUUUUCUCGGAUUACUAGUUUUCCAUAUAUGCGGUCAAUUGGAUAUUCUUAAAAAUCGUCUGACAGGUCUAGAUAAAUAUGUCAAAACUCAAGAUACGUUAAAGAGCUGCGUGAUAAGACACACUCGUUUAAUUAAAGCUAUUGAGAUUAUUGAAGAUACGUAUAACAUAAUACUACUAGUAUUAUUGGGAUACCUUGCAAUACUUUUCGCUUUCCUCGGUUUCCGAAUAAUUAGCAUAUUCAACGAAGCGAAUGAAUUACCACUCACAACCUUGGUGUUUUUUGUAUCUAUGAAUUUCAAUAUAUUUGGACAAAUGGGUUUGUACUGUGCUCUAGGCGAAUUUUUGGUGGCCAAAUGCGAUGAAAUGUAUUAUGCGGCUUACAGUAAUAAAUGGUAUUCCAUGGAUCCAAAACUUGUACCCGACUUGUUGCUUGUACUGACAAAUGGUGCUAAACCGAUUUAUCUCACCGCUGGAAAAAUGUUCCCCAUAACAAUGACCACAUUUUGCAAUGUAAGGUAUUUUAGUGCCUUAUUAUAA